ACAUAGUAGCGGGUACGGCGUGUCCUUGGGCAGAGGAAACGCGGGUCUGACCGGCGGUAGAGAGAAAGGAGCGAACGCGUAUUUUUGCGGAUCGAGCCGAUUUUGCCAUGGGGGACGUGGAGAAGGGCAAGAAGAUCUUCGUGCAGAAGUGUGCCCAGUGCCACACGGUGGAGAAGGGGGGCAAGCACAAGACUGGUCCCAACCUGCAUGGGCUCUUCGGGCGCAAGACGGGCCAGGCCGCGGGCUUCACCUACACAGACGCCAACAAGAACAAAGGCAUCACCUGGGGAGACGAUACCUUGAUGGAGUACCUGGAGAAUCCCAAGAAGUACAUCCCGGGCACAAAGAUGAUCUUCGCCGGCAUCAAGAAGAAGGGAGAAAGGGAAGACUUGAUAGCCUACCUCAAGAAGGCCACCAAUGAGUAAUAGUUGUCUGCUGCCUUAUUUAUUACCAGAAGGAGAUGUCGCCCGAUAUUUCUUUUCUUUUUUUACAUGCACCGUAACAACCCUAUUUAAAUUGGUUUCAUCUACUGGAGAAUUUUGAUCAUGAAUGGUUGUUUUAAAAUUUUGUUCAGUCCUAAUAAAGGAGUGGUCAUAAUUACAGCCACAACCAACCUA